CAUAUUGCAGUGUGUUUUAAUAUAUUACUGACCGUGAAAUAACGUACAGUUUGUGUUUCAGGAUUUUGUGUUAAUAUUGUGUAUUUUAACUUUGUUAUAUUAUUUAUUAUCUACUAUUGUAAUGAUGGAAUUUGUUAUCGUUUUGAUAUUUUGUGUGGUUCUUGUGAUUGCUGUAAUGGUAAUUGGUUCCGGGAUGGGGAAAGCUACUUCUUCGCAGCGUCAGAUGGACAUCAUUAACGUCGCUCAGAACUUAUAUGUUUUAAUUAGGAAAGGCGACUUGAAGAAAUGUGACGUUACGCAGACGACCGCGUUUCUUCUCAACAUCGCAAAGUCAACUGUUCUCAAGUACUACAAGAAAGACAUUGAAGAAGUUUCAACACCAGGAAAAAAGAGGAAAAAAAGGCCACAGGAAGGAAAGUCACUUGACACAGUCGACGAUUUCACAGUAAAUGCAAUCAGGAAUGCAAUUUACAGGAUGUACGCUGAAGGUUUGAAUGUUACAGUCGACACCAUUUUGAAAGAAAUCAGGGAAAGACAAAUAGAUUAUUAUGGUGGAAGAUCAAGUCUUCAUAAAUUGUUAAAGAAGAUGGGAUUUUCAUGGACAACUGUUGAUGGACGAAAAGUUUUGAUAGAGAAUGAAAACAUAGUAUUGCAGCGAAUAGAUUACUUGAGAAAGUAUAAAGAAGAAAAAGAAAGAGGUGCCAAUUUCAUAUUUGUUGAUGAAACAUGGAUUUUCCAGAGAGGCAAGGCAUUAAUUUAUUUGAAAAUUUGUUCUGUGGUCCAAUACAAAGUAUUUCAUUUCCAUUUCAUAUAUUUUUCAGGAACUGUAUCAAAGUCAUGGCAGGACAAGAGUCUACAAUCUGCGAAGAGACGUACUGUUGGAGAUGGUAAAAGGUUUAUUGUUGGUAAUGCUGGAGGGCGCACUGGCUUUGUGCCAGGAGCAGGAUUACUUUUUGUUUCAGGUCAGAAGACUGCAGACUACCAUGGCGAGAUGAAUGGGGAAACUUUCUUGAUGUGUUUUGAAGACAUGUUGGUGCAUCUUGAGGAACCCAGUGUCAUCAUAAUGGACAAUGCUUCAUAUCACAGCACCCAGGUUGAGAAAACACCUACAACGAACUGGACCAAAGAUGCACUGAUCGCGUGGCUGGAGAAGAAUGAGAUAAAACAUGAAAAUAAUUUGUUGAAAGUGGAGCUGCUGAGAAUAGCUAAACAAAACAAGCCCCGAAUACGGUAUAUUAUUUCGUUUUUUUUACAGCAUUUCUUUAAAAGUGAGAUAGUUGCAAAAAAUUACGUAUACGCCUUGUUCUAACACACUUUUCAGAUAUGAGGUAGACGAGUUGGCUCGUAACUAUGGCCACGAAAUUCUACGACUCCCACCCUAUCACUGCCACUAUAAUGCAAUCGAACUAGUUUGGGCUCAAUGUAAACACCAAUACAAUAGUAACGUGGGGCGGGCCAAGAGAUUUGACAAUGAUGCAGUUGCAGCCAUCUGGAAAGAGGCUCUUGAUGCUUCCACACCAGAGAGAUGGGCGAGGUGUGUGGAUCACGUGGAGAAGCUAAUUCAAGCAGACUGGGAGAGAGAAGUCCACAUAGACAGCGGCACCAUUCCUCCACUGUUCAUCCACCUCGGCGAGGAUAGUUCAAGUGAAGACAGUGACAGCGAAGAAUUUGAGGUUACGACACAGCAAGUAGAUGGAGACAGUGAAGUACUGGCAGUUCCUCUUGAUAAUUUACCCGGGUGUUCUUAUUGAGGUCUGUAUGUAAUAAACACCUGGGCAACUGUAAGUAUUGGGGUUUGAAACAUUUUUUUUUCUUUUAUGCAUUCCCAUUAAGUAUGUUGAUUACUGGAACUUUAUGUAUUAACUUUAUAUUACACAUAUUAUGAAAUUAAUAAUAAAUUUCAUUUCUGGAUUCGUAUAGGUGUAUGUGAAACAUUUUAUUUUGUUGUGUGUCUUCAUUUUUCAGUGAACUUACUUGGAAAACAAAAAGCCAGUCCCCAUCCAGGGCCACAAAUAAAUAAUGCAUAUAAGUGGUAUAGAAAUUACUGUCA